UCCAGCUUGUGAAGCAAAUUAUUGGUCUUUAGUGAUAUCUAUGCAUUCAGUUAAUGAAAUGAAAUCUAAAAUGCCUGUCAUUUGGAUCUUAUAAAACCACAGCUGUCACCUGCUCACAAUUUUACAAAACAGUCAUUGUCACAUCAAGAAUUUUGUAAAAACAUGUUUAGGUUUUUAUAUAUUAAAUGUCAAUGUGCAAAACUAAUAAAAGGGGGAAGGAAAGCAUGAAUUAAAAAGAAAUAGGCUAGUUUUAACAUGAUCCAACCUUUCAGUUCUUAAGCCAUUAUCGCUUUCCCUGUCCACCACGCGGCACUAGGAGCCUGUGCAGUGGUGGCCAAUGAGCAAAGGGCCACAGUACCCGGAUAGAUGUCAGGAAGCGCUCGGUAGGUCUGCAGAAAACAAACAUUUUCCAUUGAGUGGUUCUGCGUGUCCGCGUGUCUGUUCAUAUCGAUCUUGCCUGACUGAUCUGUUGGGUUCUCUCUUCAUGUUGCCGUCUGCCUGGAGCUCAUGGACGAGGGGCAGUGUCAGAGCAAGGACCCUGUGAGGCGGCGGAGCACAGGGGACUCCGAGCUUCAGAACGAGGUGGGCUCAGCCCACAGCCCCGACCAGAACCAGAACCGCCUGCUGGAGGAGGUGGAGCGGGGCCUGCACGGAGGCCAGAAACUCCUCCGGCAGGACUCAGCAAACAACAACAUAAGAGACGAGGAUGAAGGUUCCAGACUGGAAGAAGAGGAGGAGGAGGAGGAGGAGAUGAACAGUAACAGUGGGGCCUGCUUAUCAGAGCUGGACGGACAGCUACGAGACUCCCCUUUACUAAGUCCAAGCCCCUCAGCAUGUGAAGGCCCUCUCAGCCCUGAAGAGAUCCCAGCUGGUGCUGCUCUAUCCUGGGACCUCUCUCCCUCUCUGGCUACAUCGCUGCAGGCGUUGGAGGAGAAGGGAGACCAUGCCCUGCUGCCAAACUGCCUCCACCAGAUUGCCGAAGCCCUGGUGCUGGAAGGCGACUACACGAAGGCGCUCCGCUUCCUCCAGCUCCAGAGACUCUACCACGAGAGAGUGUUGUCCAAUCUUGCCGCCCUGCAGGAGCAAUGGGAGAACAGAUGGAGGUUGGUAGGUCAGCAUCAGGACUCCAGCAGUGUAUCUACUCCUCCUCCUCCCUGUGACAUGGACACAGAGCACCUGCAGAAGCUGAGGCACAUCUGCAGGACUCACAGGCAGCCAGCACAGAGCGCAGACAGGUGUGAGCUGGUGGCCAAAGCUCAGAGGAACAACACUAUGAGUGUGAGGGAAGAGCCUAGGAGUGAGGCGUCCAGCACAGAGAGGGUAAUGGAGGAGCAGAACAGCCAGGAUGGGGUUUCUCCCAAGCAGGAUGCUACACAGCCUGAGGAAGGCGGCUAUGUCUCUCUCCGCCAGCAGGGGGAGCCAGAACUUCUCCAUAUGCGUUUUCCCCGCCUUCCCACUUAUUCUCUCUCAGCCACGCCCUCCUCGGCAGUGACUGACAGCCCUUGGGCUAGUGGCGGAGAAGAGCCGAGCGAGAGCACCACGGCCCCCCUGACGGCAGUCAAGCCCAGCACACAGACCCCCAAGGAGACGCAGCUGCCCGGGCAACUGAGAGGGCCUGGAAGGCUGAUGGAGGCAGGGAGGGAGCGUGUGGACACGGAGCAAGACCCAGGCCCCAGCUGGGAGAAGGGAGAAGAAGUGGUGGCUCCUGCCAGCCUAGAGGAGGUGGAGCAGGUGGAGGAAGAGGAGGGUCUUGACCUGGAGGCCAGGGCGGAAGAGCAAGAACGGCUGGGUUCGGCGGUGCCAGAGGAGGAGCUGGGGGAGGAGGGCCAGGGGGUGGAGGCACUGGAGGUGGGGAAGAGGACCACGCUGGAUGACCUGGCCAAGCGCAUUCGGGUGGAGGAGAUUACCCCAGCUGCUGGUUUGGUUUCCAUUCUGAAGAGAAGAGGUUCUCUGGAGGGAUCCACCACUCCCGCAAUUCCGAAACCUGCUGGCAAGCGCAAGGUUCGCUUUCGAGUACCUGACGAUGGCCUGGAUCACGAUGAAGUGGGCGGAGACUCCUGGCUGCUCCUCCUCCUGUUGUGCUUGGCUACCGUGGUGAUCAGUGUGGGCGGGACCGCGCUGUAUUGCACCUUUGGCGAUGCCAAGUCCAACGUGUGCACAGACUUCUCCCACAACAUGGACUUCUACAUCGGGCAGGUGCAGCGUGGCAUAGAUGAGCUCAGGCACUGGUUCUCCCCCAGCUCAUAGCAGGAGAGAGUAGGCGCAGCAGCCAGGCGCUGCUCCAUCUCGCUGGCUAGAGGAGACUCACUCUCUACCUCCCGCUUCCUCCCUCUCAGCAAGCUCCGCCUCUCCCGCAGGGAUGGGAGCAGGAGGUGUAGCGCUCGUGUGCACGCCAUGCUGAAACGAUCCAUAACGGCCCUCACCGCGGCGCGUUAGAACUCUGGGUCUCUCCGAGCCACUUCCUGUGCCUCUCUAUGGCAAAACGAAGCAUCGUGAACAGCACAAGAACCUGCUGUGUCCGAACAUGAAGGUUGCGUUCUCCAUCAGGGUCUCGCUGCAACCUUCCAAACAGGGACAAUGCAACACACCUGCCUACAAGAGCUCGUGCAACUCUGUUUACUGCCGUCUACUUCACCCCACCUACAGAUGCAGAGUUUUUAAAGUCUUAAAUAUAGUCUUAAAUACAGUUUUGUGGCAUUUUACCUCAUUCUUUCCAAAGUCAGAUCAGCACUACAAUACUACAGAGAAGGCUGACAAAGAAGCCUUUGUAGGAAGUAGCAUACUCCAGUGUCCAGCCUAGAAUGAUGAGAUGGCAAUUUGUGGUAGGGACAGGAAAGCAAUAUGGAGUACAAAAGAAUGUUUUUAAUGCAUAGUCUCGGAUAUGAUGAUGCAUAUGUUAUUUAAUACCAUCUGCUCAGGCAUGUAAGGAUAUUGUCACGGUAUAAUUAUUGUGUUAAUUGUUACUGACAAAAGAACACUGUUCAUACCCUGUUAACAUUACCUCCUGCAUUGUUUUUAAGGUUUCAUUAUUUUUCAUGUUGUCAUACUGUAUUUUGAGUGUGUGUUUGUUUUGUUUUGCUGUAUAGAUCUCAGAGAAAAAUCAGCUUUUAUGGAUUUUGAAGGUUCUCUUUCUGAGCACAGUAUCAGACUUCCUCCAACAAAGUUCAAAUACAAAGUAUGUGUCUUAAAAACAGAUGCAGUCAAACUGGGUGUUGUAGUCCAUUUUCCCAAAACAGUGGGCCUCUUUUUCACAAUUCAAACAAGCAUUGAGAGAACAGCAAGAAGAUAUUAUUAAAAUUAUUAUUAAAGUGAUUAUUUAUCUUUGAGUUUGCACUUUUCCUCUGACGGGCUCAGAUGACAUUGUGGUACAAAUAUUCAGUAUAUAUUUAAUGUAGGAUUAAAAAGUUUAACUUUUGAAAUCACAAUCUUUACACAUGCCCUCUCUUCCUGAAUGUGGUGUGGAACUUCAUAUCAGUGUGAUCUGUCAUCUGUACUUCUGUAGAGCAAUUCUCUUUUUUUUUCAAGAAAGAAAAAACAAUUGAGAGUUAAAACCUGCUGCGAUAUGAUUUAUUUAAUUAACGGCAACAGAUGCAUUUGCUUACUGUAUCGUUCCAAUCUCUUUUUUUUUUUUUAUCUUGGGGCAAUGUUGAGGGGAAAUGCAAUGAAAUCAUCUAUGAAUGCAAAAUCAUGAUUCACCCUCGUGAUUAAAACUUACUGUGGGCACUGAA